AUGCCCCCACCACAGCCACCACCACCGGACCCGGUGACACAGAUGAACACCUACAGGUCAUACGUGACCAUGUUAGCAGACCCAAACUCCAAAGACGAGUUAAAGCUGAAAGCCGCCCAAGAAUUAUCCGAAAACUUCGAGGUGAUAAUGUGUUCAUCGCAGUACCCAGCGUUCUUGGACCACAUGAUGAAAAUCUUCGUUAAAAUCCUGCAAGAAGGUGAGCCGCACUUUAUAUCAGAAUAUAACAUCCAGCAAGUACGCAAGCUGAUCCUAGAAAUGAUCCACCGCUUGCCUACCAACGAGCACCUGCGUCCUUACGUUAAGCCAAUCUUGAGUUUGAUGCUUAAGCUACUCGAGACCGAGAACGAGGAAAACAUCCUCGUCUGUUUAAGAAUAAUAAUCGAACUCCACAAACAGUAUCGCCCGACUUUCAACCCCGAGAUCCAGCACUUCUUGCAGUUUGUAAAGUCAAUCUACAGUGAAUUACCGAAAAAUUUGAACAAAAUUUUUGAACCAAGACCGCCGAUUAAAGUUAAAGAUUUGAGUGAGCUGAACAUCGAGUCGCUUUUGCGUGAAACUUUCACGAUAACGCCGGUUCAAAGUGAAAAAAAAGCAACCGAUGGUACUAUUAUAACAUACAACCUCAUUCCCAAAGCCGUUUUGUCGCUAAAAGUGUUGCAGGAGUUACCGAUAAUUGUGGUACUGAUGUACCAGAUCUACAAGCAGAAUGUCCAUCAAGACGUCGCUGACUUCAUACCAUUGAUAAUGACAACAAUAACUCUGCAGCCGAGUUUGCAGCAUCGAAACGCUCCUGGCUUCAACAAAGAAGUGUUCGUAGACUUUAUGGGCGCGCAAAUCAAAACAAUUAGCUUCUUGGCUUACAUAAUUCGGAUUUAUCAAGAUGUCGUCGCGACACACAGCACCAUGAUGGUAAAAGGGAUGCUGGGACUGUUGACGCUCUGUCCCAUUGAAGUAACACACUUGAGACGUGAAUUGCUGAUCGCUGCUCGUCAUAUUUUGGCAACUGAUUUAAGAAUAAAAUUUGUGCCUUACAUGGAGCGUCUUUUUGACGAGCAAGUAUUGCUCGGCAACGGUUGGACUACUUACGAAUCUCUGCGUCCAUUAGCUUACUCAACUCUAGCGGAUUUAGUUCACCACGUUCGUCAAUUGCUCUUUUUGCCUGACUUGGCACGCGCCGUUCAUCUGUUCAGUAAAAACGUCCACGACCAAAGUUUGCCUACGUCAAUACAAACAAUGUCUUGCAAACUGCUGCUGAACUUGGUCGAGUGUAUUAGAACGCGCAGUGACAGUGACAACAGUAACCAAGGCCGAGAAUUGUUGAUGCGCAUGCUGGAAGUGUUUGUUCUUAAAUUUAAAACUAUCACCAAGUUACAGCUGCCUAUUUUACUGAACAAAGCUAAUAACGCAAAAGCUAUUGCUGCGGCUGCUACUGGAUCUGGAGUUGUUGCUGGGUCUACACCUGGAACUUCAGCUACCGGAGCGACGGUUGAAAUAAAAACAGAGGACAACAAGCCUCCAUUGUUGCAAGAAACCGAGCAAGAAAAAGAAGCCAGCAAAUCUAAAUUUUUAACUCCGCAGAAUCAGGCAUCGUCUCUGGUGAAUUGCAACGUGUCUGACUACCGCAGUUUGAUAAAAACUUUGGUAUGUGGUGUCAAGACAAUAACCUGGGGCUGCGCUAACUGCAAAUCGACCAACAGCGCUGGUGAUGUUAUUCAGUCGAAGCAAUUUCAGCCUCGUGAAACAUUGGUUUUUAUUCGUCUCGUUAAAUGGGCGCUUCAGGCUCUAGAUAUUUAUACAAUUGGACCGCUAAUGACGAAUCCAACGUUAUCGACCCAACAGCACCAAUACCACAUAAGAGCUGGUGCGCAAGCUCAACCUCCCCCACCACAAACUGUCAGAACAAAGGAAGAAAAAGAAGUGCUGGAACAUUUCAGCGGGGUGUUUUCAAUGAUGAACCCUCAGACUUUCCAGGAAAUAUUUUCUACUACCAUCGACUACAUGGUUGAAAGAAUAUUCCGCAACGGAGCGCUGCAAAUUGUCGGAAAUUCAUUCUUAGCUAAUCCCACGACUUCACCGAUUUUCGCAACUGUGUUAGUUGAAUACCUAUUGGAGCGCAUGGAUGACAUGGGCUCGAAUGUUGAACGCAGUAAUCUGUACUUACGUUUAUUCAAAUUAGUUUUUGGCAGCGUGUCGCUCUUUCCAGCAGAAAAUGAACACAUGCUACGCCCGCAUUUACAUCAGAUAGUUACGCGCUCAAUGGAACUAGCGAUGUCCGCUAAAGAACCGUACAAUUACUUCUUGCUACUGCGAGCACUGUUCCGUUCUAUCGGCGGUGGCUCGCAUGAUCUACUGUACCAAGAGUUUCUUCCACUUCUUCCAAACUUACUCGAGGGCUUGAAUCGCUUGCAAUCAGGCCUCCACAAGCAGCACAUGAAAGACCUGUUUGUUGAACUGUGUCUCACAGUGCCAGUGCGCUUAAGUUCUUUGCUGCCUUACUUACCGAUGCUGAUGGAUCCGCUGGUGUCUGCGUUGAACGGAAGCCAUAAUUUGGUCAGCCAGGGCUUGCGUACUCUAGAACUCUGCGUGGACAACUUGCAGCCUGAUUUUCUCUACGAACAUAUUCAGCCAGUUCGCGCUGACUUGAUGCAAGCGCUUUGGCGGACUCUGCGCAAUCCAAAUGACCAAGUAGCGCACGUUGCAUUCCGUGUGUUGGGUAAGUUUGGUGGUGGAAAUCGUAAAAUGAUGAUAGAACCCCAACGUCUUGACUACAACGACCGCGAUGGAGUAAAUGGAAAUGAAUCGCCUGCGAUUAUUAUUCAUUUUCCGGAUUCACCAACAUCGCCUGUAAAAUUGCCCAUCGAAAUGAUCAUCGAAACGGCUUUUACAGCUUUGAAAUCAAACACCACUGACUCAUUCUACAGAAAACAAUGCUGGCAAGUAAUCAAUUGCUAUCUAGCCAGUGUCUUGCAAUUAAAUCCUGAUACGACUACUGAUAGCACUGAUGCAACUGACGAAGCGACGCGUCUAGCGCUUAAUAAAUUAUUCACAUCUCCCAGCUUCAAGGAAAACAAUCUUCCGUCUUUGCAACAGCAACAACAGUCCCAGUUGCAAGAAAUUAAUUACAAAUACGAGAAUAUGGUUGCUAGAAAUGUCUUGCAGACAGCAUUGACUGGCUUGUUCGUAGCCGCGGCUAUCAAAGAGCUCAAACAAUCCGUUAUAGCAACAAUGGUUUCAUUGGUAAGACAUUACACGAUAAUUGCGAUAGCUCAGCAAGCUGGACCCUAUUGUCUGACUGCAGACAAGCAGCCGAAUGGUUAUAUCAAUCGCUGCCAAGAUCCGCUGGUGCUAAUAGACGCCCUGGCGACGAUAAUGGGCCACGAAGAAAAAGAACUUUGUAAACCCGGGCAGUUAGCACUGAUUUUGACCCUCGAAACCGCGACUCAGAUUCUUGGUAGCAAGGAACGUGCUUGCCAAUUGCCGAUGAUGGAGUAUCUGGCUGAAAAAAUGUGCGCGCUCUGUUACGAACGCGCUUGGUACUCGAAACUAGGUGGUUGUAUCGCUAUUAAAUUUUUGUUUGAGCGCAUGGCGACCAAGUGGGUAUUACAGCAUUUGUUUCAGUUUUUGAAAGCGCUGAUGUACGUGAUGAUGGAUUUAACCGGUAAGGUUUCAAAUGGAGCUAUUGAUAUGGCCAAGGAAAAUUUGGAACAAAUGUUACGCGUGUAUGUGCAUCCUGACAUAAUUACUGCGACGCCAGAGCUUCUGGAUGUGCAAAACAAAAGCAUCCAUGAUGUGACUCAUGAAUUGGUACGUCAAGUAACGUCACCGCAUACAUUAGUGCGUGAACAAGCAAUGUCCUCGCUUAGAUUGCUAGCGGAGAUUCAAAACAAAAGUGUCACCCAAGUAAUGGAACCUCACAAAGACGUUCUAGCUGAUAUGAUUCCACCGAAGAAACAUUUGUUGCGCCACCAGCCUGCUAAUGCGCAAAUUGGCCUGAUGGAUGGUAACACCUUCUGCACAACUUUAACCCCACGGUUGUUUACAAUCGACCUGAAUAUCCCAGAGCAUAAAGUAUUCUUCCAUGAACUUCAGGCUCUUUGUGAUCACGAAGACUCCAUUUUGCACAAGCUGCCUUGCUACAAAUCUGUCAGUAAUUUAAUACCGCUUCGCAAAUCGGCGCUAAGAGCGCUAGCGGCUUGUCAUUACAUAGUUUGCCUCCGAGAGAAGAUUUUCAAAACUUUGUAUCACACAUUUGAACGGCCAAAUCCCGAAUUGCAGCAAGCUGCUUUUGAAUGUAUGCAGAAAUUCAUCGGGGGCUUUCAAAUGGACAUGGAAACUGUUCACACAACGAUGCGUCCGAUGUUACUGAUGCUUGGUGAUCACAGAAAUUUGAGUUUGAAUUGCGUUAAACGUUUGUCGUAUCUGACCCAGUUGUUCCCAAGUACUUUCAGUAUCACAUUGUGUGAGCAAUUGCUUCUACAUUUAAAGAAACUGCUCGAAAAUUUGAUCCAGACAAAUCAAACAACGCAGCAGCAUAAGACGACUGCUAAUAAUAUAAAAUUCGACGACGAUUGUAAGGAAAAGAUAUCGUUAAUAAUCGGAAUCUUCCACUUGAUUCCUGCAGCGACGCCUAAAUUCAUUGAUGUCCUGUGCAGAUUAGUUCUGCAAACUGAAAAGUCAUUGCUGAUUGAAGCCUCCAGCCCGUUCCGACGACCACUGAUGAAAUUCUUGCUGCGCUAUCCUACAGAGACGCUUACGCUAUUUCUGCAUGACAACAACAUCAAGGACCAGCAGUGGAGUCGGUAUCUUGAAUAUCUGAUCAAGCAGUCUGUUGAUGGCAAAGCGUUCAGAGAUGUUUUGUACACGAAUACAAACUGCACUGGAAGGUUGAUAACAAUGCUAUUAGCAGCGACUGCUUCAAACUCGUCACUGUCAACGACACUAACAACUUCUGCGACCAGUGCGAAUUUGACCGCUGCAGACAAAUACGAACUCCAGCAUCAAGCAAUCAGAAUAAUCUCCGUGCUUAUCAAAUACGACGAGCAAUGGUUGUCCUCUCAAGGCCAAAUUGUCGCGGCUUUGAAACAACUUUGGUAUCAGGACGGGUAUCUUGAUUUACACAAACGGGUUGAGAACGUCGACUUCAGUCGCUGGAAGGAACCUAAAUUGGUUGUUAAGAUUCUUCUGCAUUACUUCAGCCAUCAUCCAACGGACAUUGAUCUUCUGUUCCAAUUGCUGCGCGCGACUUGCGAUCGGUUUAUUCCAGACUUCCAAUUCCUAAGAGAUUUUCUGGAAAACACAGUAGCGAAAGAGUAUGGAGUCGAAUGGAAACGCAGCGCAUUCUUCCGAUUCGUCGAACAUUGUCCUGAAGUAAUGACAUUGUCUACAGGAGUUCCUAGUACAGCAUCAACAUUGUCUGAAGAAUUAAGAGCGAAAAUACUCCAGCUGAUAAUAAUCCCAGCGUUUGCAAUAAGUUUUGAACGCGGUGAAGGUGUUAAGCUAGUCGGUGGUGCGCCUAUGCCUUAUCAAGACAAUCCAGAGAAUGUCGUCAGUGUAUUUAUAACCCGAGUAAUCGACCCCGAGCAUCCUUUCGUUUCUGCAGAUUGCCUACGCAUUUCUUUGCUGCAGUUCUCGUGUCUUCUAGUUGAGCAAGCGUCUCAGCACAUUCACGACGUCACCAACAAACGACAGGGCAACAAAUUACGACGUCUGAUGACUUUUGCCUGGCCUUGUUUGCUGGGCAAGAACUGCGUCGACCCUGCAACUCGCUACCACGGACACUUGCUGCUCUCUCACAUAAUUGCCAAGUUUGCGAUCCACAAGCGAAUUGUUCUGCAAGUGUUCCACAGCCUGCUGAAGGCCCACGCAGUUGAAGCGCGCAGUGUCGUCAGACAGGCAUUGGAAAUUCUCACGCCAGCGAUGCCAGUUCGCAUGGAAGACGGCAACACUAUGCUGACUCAUUGGACAAAGAAGAUAAUUGUUGAAGAAGGACACUCUAUGCAGCAACUGAUCCACAUUUUGCAGCUAGUUGUGCGUCAUUACAAAGUUUACUACCCGGUGAGACAUCACCUGGUGCAGCAUAUGGUCAACUCAAUCCAACGCUUAGGGUUCAGUCCUAACGCGACUUUGGACAAUCGACGUCUUGCCGUUGAAUUGGCGGAGGUUAUCAUCAAGUGGGAGCUGCAUCGCAUUAAAGACGAAGCCGCUGGCCAGCCAAUGGACACCAGCGACCCGAAUCUUACUUUGAAUGAACUGAUGGCCAAUCCCGUCAACAGAUUCCCUGGAGAACCUAGUGCUACUAAGCCAAUUGAGCGUGGACACGCGGAUUCUAUCCUCAACUUCUUGCUGCGUCUUGCUUGUCAAGUAAAUGAUGGAACUUCUGGAAUGGUCACCGCUGCUGGAGCUGCUGGUGCUGCUGGUUCGGCUACUUCAACGGCAACACCUGCUGCUACUGCUGCUGCUAUUCAAUCCUCAGGAAAUCCUGGAGAGCUGUUGUCCCGUCGCUGUGUUAAUUUACUGAAAAUGGCGCUAAAGCCCGAUGUCUGGCCCAGUUCGACCCAGCAACAGCAACCUCCACCAGAUUUGAAGCUAAACUGGCUUGAUAAAGUGUUUGCAAGUAUUGACAGCGCGCAGCCUAAUUACGGGAAUAUUUGUACAGCUUUGGAGUUGCUGACAUUCUUGUUAGGCGUGAUGAAGCGCGAGCAAAUUUUAGCUAACUUUAAACUGCUCCAGCGAGGUCUUAGUGCUUGUCUGACGUCAAAUAACACCAAGGUGAUUCGUUUGAUGCACGCGUUGAUGUCCAGACUGAUGUCGAUCUUCCCAACAGAGUCAAUUGUAGCUUCAGGAGUAGCGACUCCUGCUUCAAAGUACGACGAAUUAAAUACCUUGUACACCGCGGUUACUAAUUUCAUAACCGAGGGAUUGACUGCUUAUGAAAAGAACACCGGGUUGCUGUCUAGCACCACUGGUACACCAGCUAGCAGUAUUUCUACAUCCUUGUUCGGAACUCUGAUGAUCCUCAAGGCUGCUUGCAUCAACAAUCCGAGUUAUAUUGACAGAUUCAUCGCACAAUUCGGCCGUGUGCUUCAUCGAAUGACCAAAGACCACUUACAACUUAGCAGCACUGGUGUUAAUUCAGAAUCAACGACUUCAACUACUCUCGCAGACUCUAAUCCAGUGAACAGCGAGCUGCUGAUACUUAGUUUAGAUCUGGUCAAAAACAGAGUUGCUGUUAUGAGUCCUGAUAUGCGUAAGUCCUUCAUUUCCUCGAUAUUGAUCAUCUUGAUUGAAAAAACUCACGAUAUUAAGAUAAUGAAAGCGAUAACGAGAAUGCUGGAGGAGUGGAUGAAGAACAAGAACCCAAUUGCGGUAAACCAAGCGCCUAGUUUGAAGGAAAAGUCAAUGUUGUUGGUUAAAAUGAUGCAGUGCGUUGAAAAAAAGUUCCCCGAUGACCAAGAACUCAAUGGACAGUUCUUAGAGCUUGUUAACUACGUUUACCGCGACGAAACCCUGAGAACAACAGAUCUAACUUCUAAACUAGAACCUGCGUUCUUGAGCGGACUUAGAUGUACACAGCCGCAGAUUCGCGCAAAGUUUUUCGAAGUCUUUGACAGCUCAAUGCGCAGAAGAUUGUACGACAGAUUGCUCUACAUCAUUUGCAGCCAGAGUUGGGACGCAAUGGGGCCUCAUUACUGGAUCAAGCAGUGCAUCGAGCUUGUAAUCGUAACAGCCAGUGCUUCAACGCCAAUGAAGCUUUCGAAUCAAGACAAUUUGUUGCCGUCAUUGAGUUCUAUUAUAAACACAUCAAGAUUCGCUUCUACAUCGCUGAUUUCAAAUGACGAAGCCGAUUUGUUCUUCACGAGGAUAAAAAAAGAACCGGGUCUGGAUGAAGAAAUGACUGAUGACUUUGUAGGAAAUUUGGACUCUCUGGUUUCUAUUGUCAAGGAUGAUCUGAUGGACAUGGAUUUGGGUACAAUCAGCGCAGACAUUAGCAUGGAAAUUGACAAGAAGCCUGUGAUUGAGACGACAGAGACAAUAAACCAGUUGAUAAUCAAACAAGAUGAAUUCUUACAGACUGCCAGGAAAGUUAAGACGGAACAGUUUCUUCUAGCAGCAGCUCAGCUCUGUCAUAUGGAUACCAAUUUAGCGGAGAGAGUGUGGUUGGAUAUUUUCCCUAGACUCUGGGGUAUCUUGGAUGAAACGCAGCACGCAGCUCUGACAGCAGAAAUAGUUCCAUUUGUUUGUUCAGGCGCUCAUGUUAUUCAAAAGGACUGCCAUCCGUCGGCAAUAGCGACUUUUGUCGAAGCGAUUUCACACUGCGACCCUCCAGUACCAAUUCGGCCACCGUUGAUCAAGUAUCUUGGACGCUCGCACAACUUGUGGCACAGAAUGACACUCACUCUAGAGAAGAUGGCUUUUGAGAACGGAGAUUUCAAUAACGGGAGUGAUUCUGGAGUCGGUGUGAAUAACAAUGCCAACGUUAAUGCUAAUAGCUCUAGUCUUUUUAGUGACAAGCGUGAUAUGAUUCCAACACAAUCAGCGUUUGACUGCUAUGACUUUGAACCUGCAGACGCGGUGACUGCAGCGAACAAUCCGCAUGCUCAGAUUCUUGAUUCUCUGGCGGACAUGUACGCGCUGCUGUGUGAAGAAGACAUGUGGUGCGGAUUGUGGCAGAAGCAUGCCCAUUACAAGGAAACAGUUCAGGCGACUGCAUUGGAGCAGCAGGGAUUCUUCGAGCAAGCCCAGGUGGCGUACGACCAAGCGAUGACCAAGUUCAAGCAGGAUUACAUCAGCAGUCCAGCGCCUUUCAAGAUUCAAAGAGAAACGUUGUUGUGGGAGCAACACUGGAUCAGGUGUGCUAAAGAGUUGAACCAGUGGGACCUUCUUUUGGAGUACGGAGGCAAAAAAGCUGAAAGGAAUCCAUUCCUGGUGCUAGAAAGCUCUUGGCGUGUUCCCGAAUGGGCGCAGAUGAAAGAAGCACUCGCUCAAGUGGAACACAACUGCCCGAAAGAAAUGGCUUGGCGUGUGAACCUCUACCGAGGGUUCCUCGCUAUUUGCCACAACGAAGACCAACAUUUAAACACAGUAGAGCGGUACGUUGAAAUGGCGUCGAGUUUGUGCAUGAGAGAGUGGCGCCGCCUGCCGCCAAUUGUCAGCCACAUUCACUUGCCGCUUCUACAAGCUGCUCAGCAGAUAAUGGAGCUUCAAGAAGCGAUGCAAAUUCAUCAAGGAUUGCUGCAUGGACGAUCAACUGCUUCGUCGCUGCAUGACAUGAAAGCAAUCGUCAAAACCUGGCGGAAUAGAUUGCCAGUGAUUGCUGAUGACUUGAGCCACUGGUCAGACAUAUUCACCUGGCGACAACACCACUAUACCUUCAUUUCCAGCCACUAUGAUGCCCAGCAGCAGCAGCAGCAGCAGCAACAGCAGCAGCAACAACAACAGCAACAACAGCAACAACAAGACCCAGCCAAUCCUCAGGCUGCCGCUGCCGUCACUCCCACUGUAACAACCAACAACCAUUCAAUGCUUGGUGUGCACGCGUCUGCUCAGGCGAUAAUUCACUUCGGGAAGAUAGCGCGCAAGCACAACUUAACUGGCGUCUGCUUGGACUCUUUGUCACGGAUCUAUACGAUUCCAAGCGUACCAAUCGUCGACUGCUUCCAGAAGAUCAGACAGCAGGUCAAGUGUUACCUCCAGAUGGCAGCAGUCAGCGGAAACAAUGAACUUCAAGAAGGCCUGGAGGUUAUCGAGUCUACUAAUCUGAAAUACUUUACCAAAGAAAUGACUGCUGAAUUCUACGCACUCAAGGGAAUGCUUCUUUCCCAAAUCGGGCGCUCGGACGACGCUAACAAAGCUUUCUCUGCUGCUGUACAGUUGCAUGAUACUCUUGUAAAGGCUUGGGCGCUUUGGGGAGACUACCUCGAGCAAAUAUUCACCAGAGACUCUCGCCAACAAAUUGCUAUUGGUGUUUCAGCAAUCACUUGUUUCCUCCACGCUUGCCGACACCAAAAUGAAUCAAAGUCCCGGAAAUAUUUGGCUAAAGUUCUCUGGCUGCUGACUUACGACGACGAAAAGAACUUGCUGAUGGACGCAGUUGAGAAGUAUGCCGUUGGAGUUCCGCCAAUUCAAUGGUUGCCAUGGAUUCCUCAGUUACUGAUGUGCUUGAUCAGGCACGACGGAUUGGUUAUUCUGAACCUGCUGUCACAAGUCGGACGCAUGUUCCCACAAGCGGUUUACUUUUCUAUUAGGACACUCUACUUGACUUUGAAGAUCGAGCAACGCGAGCGGUACAAGAGUGCGGAAUUACAGCAGCAACAGUCGGGUACUUCUUCGAAUAUGAGCUCGAAUCAAUCGAAUUCAUCUACUUCAACGGAAACUGGGCCAAUUAGAGCUACUCCUCCGAUGUGGAGGUGUUCCAAGAUCAUGCACUUGCAGCGGGAUAUCCAUCCGACUAUUUUAUCCAGUCUUGAGGGGAUUGUUGAUCAGAUGGUUUGGUUCAGGGAAACCUGGUACGAAGAAGUUCUCAGGCAGCUGCGUCAAGGUUUGGCCAAGUGCUACGCAAUCGCUUUUGAAAAUCGAGGGGCUGUUUCAGAAGCUACCAUAACCCCUCACACACUCAACUUUGUCAAGAAGUUGGUUGCUACUUUUGGAAUUGGAAUUGAAAAUAUUUCUUCCACGUCCUCGCAAGCAACGCCCCAGACUUUUGGAUCAGCAGCGUCUGAAUCGUUGGCAAGACGCGCUCAGGCGACGGAAAAGGAUCCGGUUUUCAAGAGCAUGAAAGGAAAGUUCUCAUCAGACUUUGAUUUUACUGAACCAGGAGCCAAGCUGCUGCAUAAUUUGAUCAGCAAACUGAAGAAAUGGAUCAAGAUACUGGAAGGCAAGACGCGUCAGCUGCCCAAGUCUUUUCUUAUUGAGGAAAAGUGCAGGUUCUUGAGUAAUUUCAGUUUGAAAACGGCUGAAGUUGAGCUUCCAGGUGAGUUUUUACUGCCCAAGCACUCCCACUACUACGUGAGAAUUGCGAGAUUCAUGCCAAGAGUUGAAGUCGUCCAGAGACACAACACUGCUGCGAGGAGACUGAGGAUUCGCGGGCACAAUGGAAGACUUUAUCCGUACCUGGUUGUCAAUGACGCGGGUCUAGGAGACGCAAGACGUGAAGAACGUGUCCUCCAAUUGCUCAGGAUGCUCAACUACUACUUGGCUAAACAGAAAGAGACUUCCAGGCGGUUUUUGCACUUUACUGUUCCGAGAGUCGUUGCAGUUUCGCCGCAGAUGCGACUGGUUGAAGACAACCCUGCGUCUACCUCACUGCUGGAUAUUUAUAAGCUUGGCUGUGCUAAAAUUAAUAAUGGAAGCAAUGAAGGCAUGGAACAUGAUGCUCCUAUUGCGCGUUACUAUGAAAAACUGGCAGUGAUGCAGGCCAAAGGCGCUCAAGCCAGCCAUCAAAUGCUCAGAGAUAUUCUCAAAAACAUUCAGUCAACCAUGGUGCCCAGGACCAUGAUGAAGUCUUGGGCGGUUAAGACUUUCCCGGUCGCUACUGACUACUGGACCUUCAGAAAGAUGUUUACGCUCCAGUUGGCUCUUGCGUGCUUCGCUGAGUAUGUUUUACAUCUUACCAGACUCAAUCCGGAUAUGAUGUACAUUCAUCAAGACUCGGGGUUGGUUAAUAUUGCCUACUUCAAGUUUGACGUUGAUGACAUGUCUGGAGAGUUAGACGCACAACGACCGGUACCAUUCAGACUUACUCCAAAUAUUUUGGAUUUCAUCACGACAACGGGUGUAUCAGGCCCAUUGACAGCAUCAGCGAUAGCAAUAGCUAGAUGUCUAGUCCAUCCUUCCUUCAAAGUCCACACAAUUUUACGAGCGAUUCUACGCGAUGAAGUAAUUGCUGAUCACAAUCGAAAGCAGGAAGACAUCGAGAACGCGUCCCAGGCACCAGCAGACAUGAAAGGCGAAUUACUAAUAACAAUGGUGACACGCGCAGUCACUGCUAUUAUGACAAGACUCAACUCUCUUGCCAAUUUUGCAGACAACGGCGAAGGCAACAAAGUCACUACCCUCGUCGCUGCAGCAAGUAGCCACGAUAAUCUUUGUCGUAUGGAUCCGUCUUGGCACCCAUGGCUAUAA